AUGUCUGGCCCGAGGUUACCUUCAGUCCGUCUUCCGGCAAUUGUCGCAGGGUCAUCGGGAGACGAGGAGGAGGCCGUCGUCGUAGAGCUGCCUUCUUCCAGCAGGUUUGGCAUCGCGUGGCCCGUCGAACUCACGCCUCCCCUUCCUGUCCCCGCGGAGCGUCCGGUUGGCGUCUCGCUUAGCUCGUCGGAAGGCGAGACUGACAUCUCCGAGGAGGAACCCAGCGCACCGACGAGGCGUUCACGGCGCACCGAGGAGUACGUUGAAUCCGAGUAUGUCACGCCGACGAAUCACCUUCACGCAGACCGGGACCCCAUGGAGCAGGCAGGGCAACCGACCACCGUGCCCCGAAUAUCGAGGGCAUUCUCCAUGCCUCUCCCCUCCCAACUCGGGCCAUUUCAGAACCCCCGGCGGGUUUCCUCUUCCCCAGACUCGCCUCCCGGGGCUGACCCCUCUGAGGAGCCUGUUCAUUUGCAGGAGCUGUCUUUGGAGCUGGCAGACUCUGUGCAACUGGUCAUUCAAACGCUUCUGCAGCUAUCACCUCCACAGGUUUUGGAUCCAGCCAAGGAGCAGUUCUCGGCGUGUUCCCUAUCUAUCCCCACACCUUCGGUCUCCGCCAUGUUCACGUCCAUGAAGAACCUCAACUAUAUGUCGGCCAACAUGUCAACAUUCUGCGCGGAAGGCUCCUCGCUCUCUCCGGCUCCCGUACCUGGCCGAUCUAGGUCCGACACAGGGACGAACAACCACGUCGACUUCGACGUCGGAGAGAUGCUACAGAGCGUGGGGGAUGUUCUCAGCGGUAUAGCCGCGCAGGCAGGGGUGGAUCUGGUUUUGUUCCAUGAUGAUCUAGCCAUGCGACACGUUGCAGUGAAGGGUGACGAGAGUGGAUUAUCCUACACUCUAUCCCAUAUCCUUCGACAGGUCAUCAGCGUCGCGAAGCGAGGGGACAGCAUAGACAUCGGGCUCUUCAUUGAGUCGGCGAUGGCUACUGGUCGGUCUCCGUCACCUGGCGAGAUGCAGAGGUCUGGAUCACCACAAUUGGGUUCGGACGAACCGCUUCGUUGUUCCUUCCGUAUCACGCACAGGUUCUCGAGCCAAGGACCGCAAACAGCUUCUACUCCUGAAGCUGGCGACAUCGCUGGGGAAUCCAUGCCAUCCUCUCCCCUCCCUACCCGAGGCCACCCCUCCUUUCAGACUCUGAUCCUUCGUCGCUUACUUCACCACAUGGAUGCAGUCCUACAGUCUGACAUGCCGUCGAAGGGGACAUUCGCGGGGCGUUGCUGCACUCUAAGCAUUACCCUUGACCGUGGCUCUCCUUCGGUCGUUGACCCCACUGUUCACUUAUCACCUGAAGAUGCUACCUACCUCGGCUACCCUGUUGAAAUGCGGAUAGCUUCUGAGCCGACUCUGAAUCAAUUAACGCAAUUUGCGGAAAACCUCAGAGGUCGCAAGGUCACCCUUUUCGCUCAUUCGAAGGGCUCCUUCGCACAGCACCUAACGAGCUACCUCACUUCCUGGGGUCUGGACGUCAGUCAUGUAUCAACGGAACCUGAGGCCGAUCCCGUUCCAGAGGUUAGUGAGAAACCCGCCGAGGAGGAUCUUUCCGCACCGCGCGAGGGGGCUGUUCCCGCUGGUACUCCUGACCAGCCUCCCGCUGCAGUGCCCUCGCCUCCUGGAUCACAAGCAGCUGGUGAACCGAUCAUCCUCAUCGAUGACGACGUCAACGCUCUGCGGGCUAGGCUGCAAAAAAUCCGCGCGGAACAGGCUUAUCCUCUCAACCUUCACGCUCGCAAACGCCCAUCACUUGCAAACAAUCAUAGGCCGCGCUCGUCGCCUCAGGUGGCGCGAGUAAUGGGUUUCACUGCGGCCUCCGCCCAGCUCCCGCAGGCGACGCCGCCCGUUGUCAUCGUGCACUACACGUCGCUGGCGAACUUCAAGUUGGUUAAGGACGCUAUUCAGUCCAUGAUGUCCCCUGGUAAUAUGUGGACUCGCCUGCCAGAAGUUAUCGUCGUUCCUAAACCCGCUGGACCACGCCGUAUCUUGACCGCGUUGCAUACGGCGGUCACGAAGCCUAUCGUUGACCCGUUCUUCGCACCCAUCGCCACUUCUCCCGUCAGUCCUGGCUUCCAUCCUCUGUCACCACUCUGGUCUGCGAACAGCGCACAGCGGUCCCCGGGUGGACGAUCUACUGCAAGUUGGCGCACUACUUCCGAUCGAUCGGCGAAGUCACCGAAAGAGGGAGCCGACACCGCUAGUUAUCCUCCUUCGUCUCCUUUGGGCAUCUCGGACAACAUGGAGUACUUCUCUGACGCGGCAUCGGCCACGAAGCUCGGAUCGUCUCCCUCGUCAGGGCUGGUUAUCCAAAGUCCAGACGGCUCACCGGCCGGCAUCUUCUUUCAUCCCAAGGCGAAGGGAGAGCCUGUGUCACGGUCCCGUGGGCAGUCCUUCCGUCGUAUCUCGGACGGCGACGACGGCAGGAAGGGCCCUUCCUCCUCCCAAGUAGAUAGCCAGCGGCGCGGCUCACGGUCGUCCUACACUCAGGAUAAGCCUCUUUCUUUGGAGGUGCCUCAUGAUGCAGGCACCCCCACGACGUCGUCAAAAGGCAAAUCACGGCAGCCGUCGACAACGGAAAUCGUGUCGACUGAGCCGGAGAGUGGUCCCAUCCCUCCCGAGCCUGCGUUGCCUGCCGCGCCGAAAAUACCGAGAAGAUCAAGCCAGGAUCCCCGUCAUAGUCCUCCCUUGUCACCACAGGCACCUCGAACGCCGGUUGGUCCUACGACGACCCGACGACCCGCUAAGCGACCUACUGCGGAGACUUCAGCUUCCGCGCCUACUGUGAUCCCAAAGAAAGGUGCUCGUAAUGGGGAGCCAAACAUCGUGCCGCCCAUAAGUGUCCUCAUUGUGGAUGAUAACCCCAUCAAUCAAACGAUUCUGUCGACGUUUAUGAAGAAGAAAAAGAUCAAGUACGAUGUCGCCAAGAACGGAGAGGAAGCCGUCCAGAAGUGGCAUUCGGGUGGCUUCCAUCUCAUCUUGAUGGAUAUACAGAUGCCCGUCAUGGACGGUAUACAGGCCACCAAGGAGAUUCGGAGAUUGGAAAAAGUGAACGGCGUGGGAGGUUUCCCGUCUACCCCUCAGUCGGAAGGUCAGCAGACGCCUUCAGAAGCCUCGACUGCCUCAGACUCCAGGUCUACGAUCACACCAUCGUAUCGUUCAUCGGUGAUUAUCGUCGCGCUCACCGCGUCGUCGCUGCAAAGUGACCGUGUCGCCGCUCUUGCAGCUGGGUGCAAUGACUUCCUCACGAAGCCCGUCUCGCUUCACUGGCUGAAUAACAAGAUUAUCGAAUGGGGUUCUAUUAAGGCGCUGCAGAUGUGGGCUGACAUCCGGCCUGAAGUGGUGAGGAGCAUAACGACUGGACAGGUGGCCCAGGCCCGGGAUGUGGCGAGCAAGCUUCACGUUCCGGAGGGACGGGCCACCCCAGUCGCGCCGCGAAGUCGGUCCCCGUCGACGUUGCAGAAGCCACUAUAUCUGGACGCCGCGAAGGCAGCCGCUACUACGCUUUCCAAGGCAGACAGAGCUCCAGCCGCUGGUGCCCUUUCCGAUGGUCAUAGGUCGUCAGAAACGUCACCGGAGCCGCCCUCUAGGGCUGGAUCGGCCGAUACCGCAGCUCCUAUCUCCAUUCGACGACGUGACGCAAUUCCCCAUGUAUCGUCGUCAGACCUUGUCCAGAGUCCUCCUUCACAAGGAGAUGCGACUCCCUUGGCGCCAGAGCCUCCUGCCGCGGAAUCGUCGGCUGAUGGGGCUGCUGGGAACAUGCCCGAAAGCCCAGCGGCAUCCGAUCCCCCUCCUCCGACUGCCCCUGACGAUCGGCCUAGUGAGAAGGACGCUCCCGCCCUUUCCGAUAACGCUGCCCCCGAUAACGACCACGAUCGACCGCCGCCGGCGGACCCGCAAUGA